GAGGGUGGGGCCGAUGGGCGGGGCCAACCUAUUGAACUAGCCCCUCCUUGUCUGGUCUCUGUCUGUUCCAUUUGCUAAGCAGGUGAGCGGCUGGCUGGAAGCGCUGGAAGGGAGGCUUUAAAACAAAAAGUUGCUUGCAAGCUCUCCCAACUCCUAAAGACGACAAACUGCAGGCCAAGUCGCUCCUCCAGAGCUUGCCAAGAGAGCCCAACAGGUUGGCUGUGUGGUUGGGAGCAGCCUUUCCGUGCGGCGGCCCGCAACCCCAGGCCCAACAGCAGCCAUUUUCACCACUUGUCUGCACAGCCGUGAGUGUUGUGAGUGAGGCCUAGUUUCAGGCUUUGAAGCUAACCUUCCCUGGCAGAGGUAAAAUGGCGACUUCACGCCGUGGGAGGGGGGAAGUUGAGCGCACUAGGCUUCGGGAGGCCCCUGAAAAUUUCCAGCGAGGGGUAGGUCUGGAAGGAGCCCCCAAAGAUCCUCAAGCAAGCCAGGCCAGACAUGUCGGGCGACACCCAGAUACACCAAUGAUCUGCCAAGAGGUCGAACCGAAACCAGAUGAGAAUUCCUAUUAUCAUUGGGAGUCGGAGUUCCAAGAGUUUCUGGAAGGCUCCGUCUGGGAGGAGCAGAACCUGGCAGAGCUGACCCCGUUGGCCGACACCCGAGCUUUCCUUGCCUCCUUUGAGCAGGUUGCUGUGGCUUGCCGGUGGCCGAGGAGAGAGUGGGUGACCCGGCUGCUGCCAGCCCUCAGCGAGGAAGCCGAGAAGGCCCUUGCCGUCCUGGACGCCAAAGACCGGGAAGACUUCCGGAAGGUCAAGGUGGCCAUUUUGCGGCGGGAAGCCACAGCCCGGGAAAAAAAGCACCAAGAGUUCCGCCGCUUCUGCUACCAAGAGGCCAACGGCCCCCGGGAGGUCUACGCCCGGCUCCAGGAGCUGUGCCACCAAUGGCUGAACGUGGAAAAGAGCACCAAGGAGCAAAUCUUGGAGGUGCUCAUCCUGGAGCAGUUUGUGAACGUCCUGCCGAAGGAAAUGCAGUAUUGGGUCAAGGAGCGGGGGCCAGACAGCUGUUUGCACGCUGUGGCCCUGGCAGAGGAUUUCCUGAGACGGUUGCAAGCGGCUGAGAAGGGAGGAGAGCCGGAGGCAGAAGAGGCGGUUCCGAGUGUUUCUAAGAGACAGGAGGUUCAACUGGAAAUGGUGCCAAUCCAAAGAGGGGCUAAGAGGGAGACGGUUGUGGAGUCCAGCUCAUCGUCACGUAAGGCCUACUCAGCAGGUAAUGGGCAAGCCAGUGUGAGCAAGAAGAAGCCUCUCCAGUGGGGCCGGUAUGGGGAAGUGAAGCUGCGAGCCAGGUUCCCCGGAAGAGCCAGCACAGUCCUCCCCUACCGCUGGAAGCAAGGUGGCAGUGUCCAGGAGCAUCGUCGCUCAGAGAGGCUGAGGAGAACCCAUUUGCCAGACCUGGCUGAGGUGCCCCCUUCUCCUCCUUCCCCUCCUCCUCCUCCCCCUUCUCCUCCUCCUCCUCCUCGUGAGGUCAGGCCAAAGCAGGCUUCCCUCCUCCAGGGCACCAUCCUGAAGGACCAGCUGAAGAUCUGUCCAGAUUGCAACCGGGGCUUCAACGGGAUGGCGAGCUUCCUCCGUCACCGGAUCCUUCACACUGGGGAGAAGCGCUACGAGUGCUGCUUCUGUGGGAAAGGGUUCUGUUGGCGCUCGGAUCUGGUCCGGCACGAGUGCAAGCACACGGGGAAGAAGCCCCACGAGUGCUCUUUCUGCGGGGAAGGCUUUGACCGCAAGUGGCAGCGGGUGAAGCACCAGCUGAUCCACACAGGGGGUAAACCGAAGCUGUGAUUGGCACAUGACGCGGUGGGAGGGAGCAGGGCAGGAUUAUCAGGGCAGGGAAAAUGUCACUGCUGGUCGCAUCUAACUAGGGCUGGUUCAGAGGACAAUUUUGGCUGGCUUGCACCUGUGCAGAAUUAAAAUUGGCCUGCUUGUUUUUGGAGGACUUGCAGGGGAUGCUGAUUGCCUUAGACCUGCCUUCGCCAACCUGGUGCCCUCCAGAUGUUUUGGACACCAACUCCCAUUGGGACUGGUGGGAGUUUUAGUCCAAAACAUACAAGUUAGUGAAAGCUGCCUUAGAGCAUCUGCAGUCUUGUUCCAGCUUCUUUCUCAACCACGAUGGCUUUAACAUGAGUAGUUUUCUGCUCUGCAGUGCUGUCCCUGAUUGGUCAUCUAAAAACGGCUUCUGGUCUUAGUUGUGUAUGUGUCGAAAGCAGUAGCACACCACGGGUCAGUGAUGAUCUAACCUGUCUCGUGAGGACACCCCCUCCCUGCUCUCCACCCUCCCUCCAAAAAUCGGCCGUCAUCCAGCCAAAGUGAGUUCCUUUUUGAAAAAACCCUCUUUAUCUUAUGGCCCUUCCCUAAAAGCAAAAUAAGAUUCUGGUCCUUGUGGUUCUGAAUAAAGGGUCUAAUUAAACGGGAGCAGCUUUUGCUCUCUUGCGCGGCCACUUGAAAGGGGCCCAGCUUGGCAGGCUCUCCGCCCUCUUGUCCUUAUUUCUUCCUGUUGAUGAAGCUAUUCCAAAAUGAAGCAUUAAGGAAUGAGCUUAAUCCCCCCCCCCAGAAAAAACCUGUAGUAAGUUGUGUUAGCCUGUUACGACUCAUCUCUUAGUAAUCAAGCAUUGUGAAUAUUUUAGGAUUUUUUAAGAUUGCUUUAAAUGCCUUGGAAUUUAAAGGAGUGGAGCGAGGGGGAAGGGAAGGUCUAGAAUGUGGGACAGGAAAUACCUUGAUUUAAAGGUUGAUAGGGGGAAACAGCAAGGAGUUAAAGUUACUGGGCAUGUUCAGCUUUGGAAACUAAAGAGUUUUAAAAAGAAAUUAUUUCUGCUGCUCAUUUUAUAUGCAUAGUCUGAUACGCAUUCACAUGCUUGUGUGUAUUUGCCUUUUUCAAGGAAAGGACAUUUGACAGGUGUCUUGUGACAUUGUCUGUUGAGGAUUCUUUUCUCUCUUUUUAAGCCGCAUAUUGGGGGGAGAACGAGGUGGAAGCAUCCUGAGGGGGUAAACGUGGACUUUAGGCUGUAGGAAGAGGGGGAAACCAUUUUUGAAAGCUCUGCUAUGUUUUAAAAAGCACCUUGUGAAUCAUCAUCAUCCUUCAUCUCAAGGAGAAACAUUCUAGCUCAGAUCAGUUUUUGUAUUUGGAAGCAAGCCUUUUUUCCCUGUCAAAGAGUGUUAAAAUUAAAUGUGGGAUCCUAUUUGUGUUCAGUACCACCGGUUUGACCACCUUCAGGACUGUACCACCUCAUUCUACCCCAUGACUGAGUAGCAAAAUUUGAGAUCUUUCUUAAUGCUUGUCCCCUUUCCCUAGAAAGAUGAUGUGGUUCCAGACUUGUUUAGUACAUAGGCAUUCCUCUAGUGAAUUUAUUUUGCCCCUCUGCUUGCUCUCGUACAUAAAGGGCUGCUUCACAUGUAAUGGCAAAUGCUAGUUCAGCCAUUGUGAUAGUGCAUUGGGAUCAUGCACAUUCUGAACUGGGCAAACUAUGGUUUUCAGGUGCAAGGGAUGGGGAAUCUGUGGCCUUCUGGAUGUUGGACUCAAACUCAUCUUCUUCAGCAAGCAUGGUCAGUGGUUGGGAUGAUGAGAUUUGUAGUCCAACAGCAUUGGCAUGGGAGGGUUACAGAUUCCCCAUCUUUCGUGUAUGCCACAGUCUCCCUGGUCUGAACGUAACAGGAAACUAUGAUUUGGCUGAACCAGGGAGGGAGGAAAUUGGAGCACAUGAUGUUGAGGCACAGCCACGACAGCUAAACUGGGUUGGCUAUUAAUGUGCGAAUCAAGAUAGUAUCUGUCCCAGAAACUGAUGCUAAUGCAUUCAUCUCUCUCUCAAGAAAGGUUUUACCCACAGCUCAGUAGUGGUCUAGCCAAGCUUCCAUUUACUCCCAAGUGUCCUCCUUAGAAUGUUGAACAGAACUGUGCCAAACACCAGGUACCCUCCACAAACCAACGGAACCAUUUUUCUGGUACUCCGUUGAGUGACUAGUUCUCAGUUUGCUCCUUUUAUAGCUCUAUCAUAACGUUUUGAGGUUUUAUAAUAUAAGCUGAAAAUAAAAAAAAUUUAAAAAUUGUAAAAACGUGCUAUUUCAAGGUUGUUGGUUUUUUAAAAAAACUUUGUAAUCUUAAUCCUCAGGGGAGUUUUGUAACAAAUAAUGUUUGAGCUAUUAAAAAAAAAAGGUGUUGCUCAAUA